AUGGAAACUCGAAUCCCAGGGGCCCCUGAAGCUCAAGUUGUAUCGAUAAUUGUGAUUUGUUUGUUGAUUGAUACUAUUAAGGGAUGGGAAGGAAAUAUGUACUUAAAUGUUAGUCAAGAAUUGGCUUUGCAAACUAAUCUCUCUAACUGUUGGAUAUGCACUGAACUUCCUCGAGGCCAAAUGAGGACCCCUUUAUUUGGGGUAGCCUCAAUGAAUUGGACUUGGGGGCCAUCAGACUGGGUGACUACAUCUGAGAGUAACUUCCACAAUUGUCAGCAUGGGAAAGAUAGCUCAGAAAGCCUGGGUCCAAAGUUUGACUUAUUAAUUGUAGAUCCUUCACGAACCCUUUUUGUAGAAAGUAAUGAAAUUAGUGAAAAUAAGGUAGGAUGGCGAAACUUAACAGGGUUGGGCUGCAGCUGGAAUUACUCUUCCCCUGGAGAAGUCUCAGGUGUCAAUCCAUGGGUUCAGGGAAAUGGCUGUACCUCUUCUAAAGAAAACAGGCUGGAUGUUGUAGGGGCUGGUGUAGCCCUAUUAAGUCAAACUAGUUGCUUACUCCCUUAUGGAUAUUGGUGGUUAUGUGGAGAUGGGUAUGCCAGAAAAAGCUUACCCCCAAAAUGGACAGGAGUUUGCACUGCAGGCUACUUAACCCCACAAAUCACUGUCCAUCAUGAGAUCCUGCCUAGAGGAUAUUGGAGAACUCUUUGGAGAAGACACAGAAGGACAGCAAAUCCCCUUGUCAGAUACAACACUGGCUAUCACAGUUUUGUUCGAGCAUUGAUCCCUGCACUAGGCGUUGCACAACUUGAAAAAGCAAUAGUAAAUAUAUCAGCUACAAUGGAAAUCAUUGCUAAUUCAGCAGCUGAUGCGGUGCAGAAUCUGCAGGUGGAAGUUAAGUCUGUGAGCAGUGUGUCACUGCAAAACAGGCUGGCUUUGGAUAUGAUUACAGCUGAAAUGGGAGGGGUGUGCACCUUGAUAAACACCACUUGUUGCACCUAUGUAGGUAAGUCAGGACAAAUUAAAACUGAUGUACAAAAUAUAUGGGAACAGGGGAAAGUAUUACAUGAGGUGAGCAAGGAUGAUACGUCAUAUGGAUUAUCAGAUCUCUGGGAAGAGUUAACCUCAUGGAUGCCCAAUAUGCUCUGGCUUAAACAGCUGUUGCUGGGAAUUGUAAUGAUUAUUUUAUUAAUAAUAUUAUUGUUAGUUUUGGUUAAGAUAAUUAUGUGUGCUGGAAAGAGAAUAGGGAGUGGGACGAGAGCACCGGAGAGGCGCCCCGCUGAUAUCAGCGGCUCCGUUGUUCGUACUCCUGCCUCAUCCUUACUGACGAUCCGAAAUUUGAGCAAUAAAGUAAAAGAACAACCGGUUGACCCCAUAAAUUUUGUGCACAAAAGUCCGGACGAAGACGCGGGACGCAUACACAGAAGAAGAAACCAAAAUUCAGGGAGGAGGAUAAUAUACCCACGGGACCCCCACCCUAUACCAUACCCACACCUCCUACAGCAAAAUUUACAGAUGUAUUCUGGAUUGGAUACAGAAACGCCGCUGGGUCAGGCGUUAUUGAAAACACAAUUUGUUGCGAAGUCUUGGGAGGACAUUAGAAAAAAAUUGGAGAAGAUUGAUAAUUGGCAGGAUAGAGGGUUGGAUGAAUUGCUAAGGGAAGCUCAGAAGGUGUAUGUGAGGAGGGAUGAAGAAAAUCACAAGAAACAAGUUCGGAUGAUGGUGGCAGCAGUCAGAGAGAGUCAAGGGAUAGGUAAAAGAGAGAAUAGGCCCCCACCUCAACCAGUAGACAGUCGGCAGAUGGCUGUGGAAGACAAAAGGGAAGAAAGAACUUGUUUUUACUGUGGAAAGAAGGGACAUUUGAAACGAAAUUGUAGAAGCAGGAUCCAGGAUGAAAAAAUGUUCAAGGAGGAUUAG